CCCUUGGAUUUUGAGACCAAAAAUUCAUAUACACUGAAGGUAGAAGCAACUAAUGCCUAUAUUGAUCCACGUUUCAUCAGCAUGGGACCCUUCAAGGAUACGGCAACAUUAAAAAUUGUAGUGGAAGAUGCUGAUGAACCCCCAAUUUUUUCAUCACCAACGUAUCUACUGGAAGUGCAUGAAAAUGCUGCUAUUAACUCCGUGAUUGGUCAGGUGACCGCCCACGAUCCAGAUGGAUCUUCAAGCUCUAUAAGGUUUUCCAUCGAUCGGAACACUGACCUUGAGAGACAAUUCAACAUUAAUACCCAAGAUGGAAAGAUAACCUUGGCCACACCACUGGACAGAGAAACGAGCACAUGGCAUAAUAUAACCAUUGUAGCAAUGGAAGAAA